AUGGGGAAUAAUAUUUCAAAGAAGCAUCAGCUAGAUGAGUACUUAAACGCCGGACGCUCUUAUAGAGAAAGCCAUCAGUUUCAACAGGCAUUUGAAAACCUUCAAAAAGCCUUGAUAUUAGCCAAGGAACUGAAAGACGGAAAGAAAGAAUCCAAGGGAAACAUUGAGCUAGGUAAUACUUAUAUAUGGGACAAUCAGAUUCAAACGGCAAUUGGACACUAUGAAAAAGCCUUGGAAAUUGCCAAUGAACGAGGAUAUAAACUACAGGAAACACGCGCAUACCUUGAGUUAGGGCAUGCUUAUAUAUUGAACAAUCGGAUUCAAAAGGCAAUGGAAUACUAUGAAAAAACCUUGAAAAUUGCCAAAGAACAAGGAUAUAAACUGGAGGAAACAAAGACAUACCUUGGGUUAGGAGAUGCCUAUAGAUUAAACAAUCAGAUUCAAAAGGCGACCGAAUACUAUGAAAAAGCCUUGGAAAUUGCAAAAGAACGAGAAUAUAAACUAGAGGAAACAAAGAUAUACCUUGGGUUAGGAGAUGCCUAUAGAUUAAAUAAUCAGAUUCAAAAGGCGACGGAAUUCUAUCAAAAAGCCUUGGAAAUUGCAAACGAACGAGGAUAUAAACUAGAGGAACCACAUGCGUACCUUGGGUUAGGAUAUGCUUAUAAAUUGAAUAAUCAGAUUCAAAAGGCAGUGGAAUGCUAUGAAAAAACCUUGGAAAUUGCAAAAGAACGAGGAUAUAAACUAGAGGAAACAAAGACAUACCUUGGGUUAGGAGAUGCCUAUAGAUUAAACAAUCAGAUUCAAAAGGCGACGGAAUACUAUGAAAAAGCCUUGGAAAUUGCCAAUGAACGAGGAUAUAAACUACAGGAAACACGCGCAUACCUUGAGUUAGGGCAUGCUUAUAUAUUGAACAAUCAGAUUCAAAAGGCAAUGGAAUACUAUGAAAAGACCUUGAAAAUUGCCAAAGAACAAGGAUAUAAACUGGAGGAAACAAAGACAUACCUUGGGUUAGGAGAUGCCUAUAGAUUAAACAAUCAGAUUCAAAAGGCGACGGAAUUCUAUCAAAAAGCCUUGGAAAUUGCAAACGAACGAGGAUAUAAACUAGAGGAACCGCACGCGUACCUUGGGUUAGGACAUGCUUAUAAAUUGAAUAAUCAGAUUCAAAAGGCAGUGGAAUGCUAUGAAAAAGCCUUGGAAAUUGCAAAAGAACGAGGAUAUAAACUAGAGGAAACAAAAACAUACCAUGGGUUAGCAGAUGCUUACAGAUUGAACAAUCAGAUUCAGAAGGCAAUGGAACACUAUGAAAUAACCUUGGAAAUUGCAAAAGAACGAGGAUAUGAACUAGAGGAAACAUGGGCGUACCUUGGGUUAGGACGUGCUUAUAAAUUGUACAAUCAGAUUCAAAUGGCAAUGGAAUACUAUGAAAAUGCCCUGAAAAUUGCAAAAAAACGAGGAUAUAAACUAGAGGAAACAUGGGCAUACUUUGGGAUAGGACAUGCUCAUAAAUUGAACAAACAGAUUCAAAUGGCAAUGGAAUACUAUAAAAAAGCCUUGGAAAUUGCAAAAGAACGAGGAUAUAAACUAGAGGAAACAUGGGCAUACUUUGGGAUAGGACAUGCUUAUAAAUUGAACAAACAGAUUCAAAUGGCAAUGGAAUACUAUAAAAAAGCCUUGGAAAUUGCAAAAGAACGAGGAUAUAAACUAGAGGAAACAUGGGCAUACUUUGGGAUAGGACAUGCUUAUAAAUUGAACAAACAGAUUCAAAUGGCAAUGGAAUACUAUAAAAAAGCCUUGGAAAUUGCAAAAGAACGAGGAUAUAAACUAGAGGAAACAUGGGCAUACUUUGGGAUAGGACAUGCUUAUAAAUUGAACAAACAGAUUCAAAUGGCAAUGGAAUACUAUAAAAAAGCCUUGGAAAUUGCAAAAGAACGAGGAUAUAAACUAGAGGAAACAUGGGCAUACUUUGGGAUAGGACAUGCUUAUAAAUUGAACAAACAGAUUCAAAUGGCAAUGGAAUACUAUAAAAAAGCCUUGGAAAUUGCAAAAGAACGAGGAUAUAAACUAGAGGAAGCAAAAACAUACCUUAAGUUAGGAUAUGCUUAUAGAUUGAACAAACAGAUUCAAAAGGGAAUGGAAUACUACGAAAAUGCCCUGAAAAUUGCAAAAGAACGAGGAUAUAAACACGAAGAAAUGUGCGCGUACCUUGGGUUAGGAGAUGCUUAUAGAUUGAACAAUCAGAUUCAAAAGCCAAUGGAAUACUACGAAAAUGCCCUGGAAAUUGCAAAAGAACGAGGAUAUAAACACGAGGAAAUGCGCGCGUACCUUGGGUUAGGAGAUGCUUAUAGAUUGAACAAUAAGAUUCAAAAGGCAAUGGAACACUAUGAAAAAGCCUUGGAAAUUGCAAAAGAACGAGGUCAUAAACAGAAUGAAAUACGCGCUUACUCUGCGUUAGGAGAUGCUUAUAGAUUGAACAAUCAGAUUCAAAAGGCAAUGGAAUACUAUGAAAAAGCAUUGGAAAUUGCCAAAGAACGAGGUUAUAAACUAGAGGAAACAGGCGCUUACUUUGAGUUAGGAGAUGCUUAUAUAUUGAACAAUCAGAUUCAAAAGGCAGUGGAAUACUAUGAAAAAGCAUUGGAAAUUGCCAAAGAACAAGGUUAUAAA